AGGGUUUCUUCAUAGUCCUAUAUAUACAAAGCCAAACGCAAAACCCUAGUUGGGAAUUGCAGGUGAAGUUGAAAAUGGCGACAGUUCCAGGGCAGCUCGUGUGGGAGAUCGUGAAGAAGAACAACUCAUUCUUGGUGAAACAGUUCGGAAGGGGCACUCAGAGCAUCCAAUUCAGCAGAGAGCCAAACAAUCUCUAUAACCUCAAUUCUUUCAAGUACUCUGGUUUGGCAAACAAGAAGACUGUUACCGUUCAGCCAGCUGGAAAAGAUCUGUCUGUGUUGUUUGCCACAACAAAGACGAAGAAGCAAAACAAGCCCUCUGCUUUGCUUCACAAAUCUGUGAUGAAGAAGGAGUUCAGGAGGAUGGCAAAGGCUGUGGAAAACCAGGUGGCAGAAAAUUACUACAGGCCUGAUCUCAAGAAGGCUGCUCUUGCUAGGUUGAGUGUUGUUCAUAGAAGCCUCAAAGUUGCCAAGUCUGGUGCCAAGAAGAGGAAUAGACAGGCUGUGAAGGUCCAUGGCAGGAAGUGAAAGCGAAUUGAGAAGAGUUAGAUUGCAUUCGACCAUCGUUUUUGCCUCCUUUUUUUUGUUUUUUUUUGUUUUUUUAGAACUCUAUUUUAGAUUUCCUGAGUUUUGAGAUGCAAUUAUUUAUCUAGUAUUCAAUAUGAAACUGGAACUAGCAUGUAAUAGCUUACAACUCGUUUGAUGUUUGUCUUUGAUAUAAUCACUUUAUUGUUGGUUUAAAGUCAACUGACAAAGUGGCUGGCUAUUGCAUCAAAGUAGGGAUGAUUAGUGUCUUUAGCAUUAAAACCCUUGAUUGAAACUAUCUGUUUUUCUCGAGUUUUAUCUAGCAUAACGAAAACAGUUUUGUGGA